GGUGGUACAUGUGAUUUGUCGCGUUUCCACGUUAACAACCGAGGUGGCGAUAUAUUUCGUCUGCCGAGUGCCGAAUACCGUCGCCGCUCGCACAGCAAUUAAUAAUAAUAAUACCUAUUAUAAUAUUACUUACUCGUACGCACACACACGCGUGCGCGCGCGACGAGACCACGUAAUUAAUUAAUAAUAUAAUAUUAAUUUCCCGUUGCCGGUGUGCCCGAGCCCGUUAUCCCGCAGUCCGCCUAGUCCGACCUCCAUCGAAUCUGUUUCUCAGAAGCAAUCAUGGCCGAUUUAGAUGAUUUUUUUGCAAAGAAAGACCGCAAGAAAACCAAAGGCCAAAAAUUUGCCACCUCCUCGGAUAAUAUGGCUACCGGACAAGAAGAGUUACAGAAAAAACAAGACAAACAGAAAAAGGAAAGAUCCGAAAGGUCGCUGACAAUUCAAAAUAAUUAUGCGACUGAAAACGACAACAAAGCUUCUGCCAAGAAGUUGGAGGAAGAAUGGAAUGAAUACCAAGAAGAAAUAAAAGACUAUACAACACUUAAAAUGCAAAAUUUGACAGCUGACUGUCCUUCUAACUUAACGGAUAACAACGAAAAAGAUGAUGAAAUAGAAUUUGAAGAAAACGAAGCAGGAGAAAUGGUGCCAAAACGAAAAAAUGCAGGACCUUGGAAAGUAAACGAACCUGAACUACCUCCUCCACCACCAAAACGUAAUAAAAAUUCUAAAAGAACUGUAGCGCCUGCUGCUAGAAAAGUUGAAACUCCAGCAUGGGCCAAGUAUCAAUGAUUAAAAGCUAUAAUGAACGUGCACAUAAAUAUUAUCUUUUAAACAAUUUUCUAAAAAAAAAAUGCAUCAUUAAAUUAUUGUUUAGAAAAUGUUCAUCAAAUAUUUUCCACGAUGAUUAUCACAAUUCAUUAUGGAAUUAUGUUUUUUGUUCAUUAGUCUUAAAUAUUAAUCGAAAUUAAAACUGUGAUCAAAUUUCUAUAAAUAUCAUAAUAUUUUUAAGUGAUAUACUAUUUUGUUAAUUUCAUUUAUUAUGAUUAUGAGUUGUAGAUUUGUAUACAUAUUUAUAACAACCAAAUCUAUUCCCAAAACUCUGAAAACAUAUUUCCGUAUAGGGUAUUUAUGUCAUAUUUAUAAUUUCAUUAAAAUAAUUGUGCGGGCACAACUAAUUAGAAAUGUCUUAAUAUAUUAUACACAUGUUAAAUUAUGUUUGAAA